CAAAAAACUGGCCGUGGCCAAUAUACCGUGUUGGGAGUGGUGGUCUUGAGGCACGUCGUUUUCUUUGAACCUGCGUGCCAACCCCCACCUGAAUUCGCAAUUUAUCCAAAUAGCAAGUCUUGCCCGCUGAAAACCCGUUGAAGUAUUUGAAGCGACUGACCAGCUCCUUACCGUCACGACUAUUUUUCUUCCGAUACCAACAUUUCCUCAACAUCUACACAAACCAAACAUAUACCGUCUUAAUAUUUGCCCACCUCUAAAUACUAGCCAAUAUGCCGUUACUUAAACGUAAGCGACUACCAGAGAUCAAAGUACCGAGCUUAGAAUCCGGUGAAAAAGGAUUGAAAAAUAAGCAAGUUUGGUAUUUGCCAAUGAGCAACGAAAUCUUCAUGGACUAUGAAUUGUACCUACACCGCUUAAUGCUUUAUCGACAACCCAUUUGGCAAUGCGAAACCACUGGCCGAUCAAACUUGACUUACGCAGAAGCCGUAGCCAGUGAACGAAAGGAAAAAGAACGCGUCGGUGAUCGCUUCCCAGAACAAUUGAAGGCGUGUGUACUCAAGAGGCUGCAAUUUCGUACGGAUCGACUGGAAGCCGUUGUUGAGGAUGUAUAUUCAUACUUCUUGGAUCGAUAUUUACCAGGAGAAAUAGUUCAUUGCAAGUGGGAUGAUGGCGUAAUGUAUAACGCACGAAUUCUCGAUGUUGUUGAAGCAACACCUGUCACUCCAAACGAAAAUGGAAUGAACGGCGAUGUUCACGACAUGGAAUCCGAUAAGAAUGUCGAAAAGCGUCAAUACAAAGUGCAACUAAUAGAUCAAGAUUUGGAGGGAAUUGAAGAUUGUAUCAGAACCAUCUCCUCUGCUGAAUUGAAACGCGACAGAUUAGCGUAUUCCAAAAAUAUGCUGAAGAAGGUUAUCAGAGAGUGCGCAUCGAAGGAAUCUUAUAUCGGAGCACCGUGGAUCGUCAAACCUGCAUUUGCUGAAAAAUACGAUAUCGAUAGUCAACUUCCCGCUGAUUUGCAAGAAGCCAAGGACAAGGUAAUGCUCAAAACACGCAAAAGAAAGCCGCAGGGUAGCGCUGAGAAGGAAGAAGACGCUCACAGCAAAACAAAGUCGAAAGAAGAAGAAUUGGAGACUCGAAAGCGAUUAAUGUCUUUGAAAUACCCAAUCGAAGACUUGGAUUUGCCUGUUUACCGCCGACCUGACCUCGAAAAACCAGAUGUCACACUGCAGGCCAAGGCUGGACGCAAGAUAACCGAUCCACUUGGCAACCAUGGUUUACGACCCGUAGCGUCUGAUGAACUUGGGGUACCUGAAAAGCAAUUUACGUCAUUCCUGUUGAUCUGGAAUUUUUUGACAACCUUUUCCAAACCUUUACAUCUAUCACCCUUCAGCAUUGAUGAUUUUGAACAAGCAUUACAUUAUACAUCGGCAACCCCAGCGUCCCACCUGAUUAUCGAAGCUCAUGUUGCUUUACUCAAUACCAUAAUACGUGAGCGCCGAAAGAAGAACACAGGUGCUGCAUCAAUGGUGACUGGAAGUCUUAUGGUUCCUGGACUUGGACAGAGCUCGUCACGAAGCGCUUCUCCAGCCAUUGAUUAUAGUGCUGUAACAACCAGAACAAACACGCCAGAUUUGGAGACCAAUGGUGACGUGCAAAUGAAGGAUGAGGAAGUCUCCUUUUCUUCUGAUGGAGAAGUUGUGUUACAGCUUGAACGAACUACCAUUUCCGAGAAGGGCUGGGGUAGUAAUGAAGCGUUUGAUGUUGGAAAAGGUUGGUCUCUACGCCCUAUAAGCCUGGCCAACGAUCGUGAAGGAUGGGAACUGGCCUUGAUCGGCUGUCUAAAUGAGCUUGCCAAUCCAGCCAUGGUUCCGGACUUGGAUAACAUCAUACGUCACUUGUUACCAUCUGAAGAUGACGAAGAAGAAGAUGCUUAUGCAGCUUAUGCUACUUUGAGCGUAGUGCAAAAGAUCCACAUUCUUGACUUUCUGGUGCACGUUGUCAAUGAAUGUGCAGUAAUCAAGGAAUACAUGGAAGGCUGCCAGGAGCAAAUGACGGAGCUGCGGAAGGAACGAAUUGAAGUCAACCGAGAGCUAAAGAGGAUCAUGGCGGAAAGGCUGGAGCUAGAUAGGAAUGAGAAUGCGGGAAUUGAAGCUGAAGACACAACAAACGAUUCUAUGCAAAGUGAAUCCGAAGCUCCCAGUGACGAUGAUGAAGAAGAGGAAGAAGAGGAAGAGGACGACAUUCGUAAAGUUCAGCGACGAGCCGAGCACGAGUCACGUCACAAAUCGCGACAAGCAAAGCUAAAGCAGCGGCAGCUAGAACGAGAAGCUUUGGAGAACCGGAGAUUGAAAAUGUAUCAACAACAGCGGGCGGAAGCGCGGGCCAAGAGUCAAGAAAUGCGACUGAAGGCAGAACAACGUAGGAAACUAGACGAAAGCGAAAGACAGCAUCAUAGAAAGCUGGAGCAAAUUGAAAAGGACAUGAGAAAGUAUGCCGCAUUACGUGUACGACCCCUUGGCCGCGAUCGAUUCUUUAAUAAGUAUUAUUACUUUGAUAAUAUUGGAGGCUCUUGCAUGCAUGGAACUGGUCGUCUCUAUGUCCAAUCCCCAAGCGAUGCUGACAUUGACGUUCUGACAUCGCGUAAUGGACCGGAGUCUAACGAUAUUGGGGAAUUACCUUGUGGUCGUGGAGGAGGAAUGGACUUUGUGAUACAAUUAAUGCGUGCACAAGGAUUAUCAAAGGAGGCGGAAUGGCUUCUAUGCAAAUCAACAGCCCUUGGCCCAAACUUGGAAACCAACCAGGAUGGUUACUUAGAUAGGUGGUACUGUUACACCGAGCCGGAGGAAAUUGAUGCGCUACUAAAAUGGAUGAAUCCACAAGGUGUGCGGGAGUACCGACUCAAAAAUGAACUUGAGAAGCAAUAUCACAGCUUAGUGACCGGAAUGAAAAAGCGUAUUCAUGAUCAACAAGCCUCUAAUAUCAAAGCGGCUGAGUUGCCCCGUAGAAGCACCCGCACCAAAACCGUGGUGCAGAUUCCAGUUGGCUCUUGGCUUGCUUAUGCAAAUAAAUCGGCAAUCUAAGCAAACAUCGCGCAAAUAACUCGUGUGGAAACCAAGAUUUUUUAAAAAAUACAUAGAGAGACGAACUGUAUUACGGAAUAUGACUUUAUGUAAUGACAUCCAUAACUUAGAAAUGGAAGAUAUAUGACCCUUAGUAAAAAAAAAAAUUCUGCGCGGCCUCCGCCGGUUUAUUCUUUACCAUC